GGCCAAAUUCCUCCGAUCGCCCGGCCCGGCAGCCCCGCUCGCUUCCUCACAUGCCAAUUCCAUCAACUGUUUCUGUUAUUUUGUUGAGUUAGUCAUGGCCCUUGUAAAGAGUAAGAUUUGUAUAAAGUAGAUGGCUACUGCAUUUAUAAUCCCUUGGACAUGACUGGCUCCCAACCCUGGCCACAGCAACAACACACACUUCAUCUAUUCCCUGGGUAAACCAGCAUCGCCAUCAUGGCUACGUCUACAAAAACACGGCAGCGCAAACAAAAUGGUCAUGCUGCUUCUCUUACAGCCACCAAACAAACCAUCACAAAAUCACCAAAACCUUCAGCCCCCAAAGCCACGGAAGGCCGGCUCUGGAACAAGCUGCUCGGCAUCCUCAUCGCCGUCAUCGUCCUUCUCUAUGCACCCAUCUCAGCCACCUACUUCCUCGUCGGCCCGCAGAUUGGCCAUGUCGGCGACAAGUACUACUACAAACCGCUUAUUUCAUGGAACUUUGCGUACGGCAACGGGUCCGGCCACCCAGGCUACCCCGGCAGCAACUACGAGGCUCUGAAGCGCAAUGCGUCCGCCAUGAUGCCGCACUCGGUCCUGGGCACCGUCGCCAUUGUGCUUGGCCUGAUUCAGUUCCUACCAGUCUUCCAGUUCCGGUACCCAGCUAUCCAUCGCAACUUGGGCCGCCUCUACGGACUCUGUGCCAUGGUCAUUUCGUGGUCCAGCGCCUCAUUUCUGCGCGACACCAUUCCGAAAAAGGACGUCUUUUCUGGCGACGUCUUUGCCCUCAUUCUGUCUCUGCUCUCGUUUGGCAAUCUUGUCACCAUGGGCUUGGCUGUUGCCAUGGCCUGGAGUGGCGACAUCGGGUCCCAUCGCGAGUUCAUGGCGCUUAAUUACUCGUUGAUGUUAUCGGCGCCACUGCUGCGUGUUGCGUGGCUAAUUCUAGGCAUUACCUGGGGCGAGACAAAGUACAUUAUCAAUUUGUAUUCGUCGUAUUUUGCUGGCCCGUUUCUACUUACGGCGCCCAUGUUUUAUCUGCGUAGGCACUAUAAGCGGCAGGCGAAUAAGACACUAAUGAACAUCAAGUUGCAUCUGGGCAUUACUGCUGCGUCUGCGGCUAGUCUUGUCUAUGUGAUUCCGCUCAUGGCCAAGCCCGAGAUGUGGGCAUACCGAAGGACGGAGUACUUUUGGUUUACGAUCCCGCAGUUUGUAUUCCAGGCUGUGGCAUUUACCUGGCUGGCUGCUGCGUCUAUGCAAAGGGGCGAUGACAAGGCCAACACGGCAUGGAGGACGUAUCAGAACGGGCUGAUUAGUGCGCCCAUCUUUGCGGCGCCAAUGUACCACUUCUUGCGGUAUGUGUAUAACUGCCCAGAUGAAAUGAUGGGACUGGGAGUAACUGUCGGCGCUUGGACAACUGGGCUAGUUACCUCGUUUGUGAUCUAUGUGCUGGCCACGUCCAAGUUUGUCAAUAAGCCGGCCGCUGGAAAGGGUUUGAAAUGAUAGAAUUUGAUAGAUACCCGAUUGUCGUUUUCGGAAAUGUACAG